AUGGACCAGUUGAACGACAUUGGUGGCCGAUUGGCCCUUAUUACCGGCGCCUCAGGAGGCAUCGGUGCCGCCUGUGCCCGCCAACUAGCCGCCAAAUCCGUGCACUUAGCCCUCACCUACUCAUCCAAUUCGACAUCCAUAACCACCCUCCAGAAAGAGCUCCAAAACGAACACCCCGCCCUCGUUAUCACUAUCCACCAAGUCGACGUCUCCUCACCCGUCCAGAUCACCACCCUUUUCACCGAGAUCCAAUCCCAACACAACAACCGCACCCCGGACAUCCUCAUCUCCAAUGCCGGGUACGGCAAACGGGUCCCGCAAGUAUGGGACAUCACGACGGAGGAAUUCGAUUACACUCUGACCGUGAAUCUACGGGCCUCGUUCCUGCUCGUCAAGGGGGUAGUCGAGCACAUGAAGGCGCAGCGCUGGGGACGGAUUAUCUUCAUGUCGUCGAUUGCGGGGUAUGGGGGUGGCAUUAACGGGUGUCAUUAUGCGGCAUCAAAGGCCGGGUUGACGGGCAUGAUGAAGAACUUGGCAACGAGGUUAGCAGAGUACAACAUUAGUGUCAAUGAUGUUGCGCCGGCGAUGAUUGGGGAUACAGGGAUGAUCCCUAAUGCUGAGGCCAUUCCGGAGGUGGCAAGCACGAUUCCCCUAGGGAGGUUGGGGUUGCCGGAGGAGGUGGCUAAUGUUGUCACUAUGUUAGUGAAGACGGGGUAUAUGACAGGGCAGAGUUUAUUGUUGGCGGGAGGGUUGAAAUGA